UGAGCCACAAAGCAAGUAGUGCCGCUGUGCUAGCAAAAAUACAGAAAAACAUAUAUAUCGAAGCAGGACUUCAGCCAAACAUGUGCCAUACAAGAGCUGGGAAACGAACAUCUUAACGGGAAGGAGCGGGAAGUAUCGGCUGGCACCACGGGCGGAAGUCAGCGGACGGACACUUGCUUUAGCUACUUAGCUCUGAACUAGCCGACCGUGGGCUCCCCCAGCACGGAUAGCCUGGCAGGCAGGAGCCGCUCGGAGCAGGCGGAGUGCGACGACCCGCUCGGCUCCCCUCGUUUUCUUUGAGAUAUCGACCUCUGAGGUGGAUUUACGAGAUAAGCCCAUCAGCACCGUGUCGUGUUUGGUGUUUGACAUAAUCCAGGGUGGCCGACAUUCCCGUCUGCCCGCUGCCUCAUUAAGUUAACCGCAGUUUACGGCGAAGAGGAAAAGUUAGCGUUUAACAAGCAAACUACCGCCGGGCAGCCGAUUUCCAUCUCCCAGCGCUCCCUCCCCCUCCUCCACCAUCAGCGUCACCAUCAGCCCACAGUCAGUCGCUCUGUGCUGGGUGUCCAGGCGAGGAGGGUCCCCCCCAACGCUCGGGGUAACUCUACAAGCAGCUAUGGAUUAUGUGUGAUUUUUGUCCUUGUUUCUGAAACCACUGGACUCUCGAAGACUCGUUUUUUUCGGAAACGCUGCAGGACUUCCCCAAUACGAGUAGCCAGUUUACUCGCAGACGUUAGCUUAACGUUAUUAAGUAAAUCGCUGUCUGAAAUCCAGCCAGUGUUACUGUUAGUCUGCCAGCUAGUGACGCUGUUUUCUGCUGGCAACAAGGGCAUUUUUAUCCAUCUGCUGAGCUGAAACAACUCAAAGUAGAUGUAUAGGAUGUACUAAUCACUCUUUACCUUAUCCGAUAGUUAGCCUACUGGCUAGCAGGUUUCAUUUUGCUAGCUAGCGUGUUGCUAACUAGCAGACGAACCCAAAUAUCGGUAUUACCAGCAGGCUGAAACAAGUUAGCUUUCGGACGCUUGGAUUCGGCUUGUGAUCAGUUGAUUUCACCCUCUUGCUUGGACUUAUUUUGGCGCUGGAGCUCUUGGGGCGCUAAACAACAUUUCUGCGGACAUUUUUGUGAUUGAUGAGCCGUUAGGGAACAUUUUCAGCCUUGCGUUGCACAGGAAGCCAAGCCAGCAACGACGGAUGCACCAACAGCAGCGGUGUGUCGAUUUUUAAUGUGUGCAAAUGAUGAGUCCCGGUUCGUCGUUAUCUCGUCUUCUGCGGUUUUAUUUGUGCCAAUACGCGUCUGAGAGAUUUGCAUUUUUGCUGCACCUACUGAGAUAUUAAGGACGACGAAGUAGCACUCUGAUGGUACACAUUUCAACCUGUCGCCCAGUGUCCUCCCUCUUUUCUCGGGUCUCACUGGUUGUUUGAGACGAAGAAAACCAACUACACGUGUCCCUGUUUUAAUACGGCAAAGCUGCUUUUCAGCUGUGAAGGCACAGCAGGAGCCAGUCACAUUUUCACUGUGCAGCCACUCCACUAAAAUUAGAACAUUUUUUUUCUCGACAGCACAGUGUUUACAUUUGAAGGAAAAACCCCGAGACACAUGCCGCACUGGAGACAAACCAGUCGUUUGGACACAUCUCCAUCAAGAGGACCAGGAAAGUCCCCCGAGACCUGUAGGAUUUGACAGCUGUCUCCAGAUCCAGCAUCUGUUUGAGGCGAAGUGAACAGACUACAGCCGGAGACAACGACACCAUUCCAGUCGACGGUCAGCCCUGCCGUCCGCUCCGCUGGCCCUGUCACGCACCUUGGCGCUUGAUGUUGGUCCUAUCUGGUGGAGGACAUUGUUUUUUUUUAAUUCCCUAAAACAAAACCCAUCCCCAGCCCGGUCAUUUUAUUGAUUUGGUCGUCCCAGGGUCGAAAGAUGGCGGACCUCGAAGCAGUGCUCGCCGAUGUCAGUUAUUUGAUGGCGAUGGAGAAGAGCAAGUCUACUCCAGCGGCCCGGGCGAGCAAGAAAAUCAUCCUCCCUGAGCCCAGUAUUCGCAGUGUGAUGCAGAAGUACCUCGAGGAGAGAGAUGAACUGACAUUUGACAAAAUUUUCAACCAGAAAAUUGGCUUCCUGCUGUUCAAGGACUUCUGUAUGAAUGAGAUCGAUGAGGCCGUGCCACAGCUCAAGUUCUACGAAGAAAUUAAGGACUACGAGAAGCUGGACUCCGAGGAGGAGAGGCUGACCCGCAGCCGGCAGAUUUACGACGGCUACAUCAUGAAGGAGCUCCUGUCCUGUUCGCAUCCAUUUUCUAAGAAAGCCGUGGACCACGUGCAGAGUCACUUAGUAAAGAAACUGGUUCCCCCAACUCUCUUCCAGCCAUACAUAGUGGAGAUCUGUGACAGCUUGAGAGGGAAGAUCUUCCAGAAGUUCAUUGAGAGUGACAAAUUUACUCGUUUUUGCCAGUGGAAGAACGUGGAGCUCAACAUCCAUCUGACCAUGAAUGACUUCAGCGUGCAUCGGAUCAUCGGCAGGGGCGGCUUCGGAGAGGUGUACGGCUGCAGGAAGGCCGACACGGGGAAGAUGUACGCCAUGAAGUGUUUGGACAAGAAGAGGAUCAAGAUGAAGCAGGGGGAGACUCUAGCGCUCAAUGAAAGAAUCAUGCUGUCGUUAGUCAGCACAGGGGACUGCCCGUUCAUCGUGUGUAUGACGUACGCCUUCCACACCCCCGACAAGCUCUGCUUCAUCCUGGACCUCAUGAACGGGGGUGACCUGCACUACCACCUGUCUCAGCACGGCGUGUUCAGUGAGAAAGAAAUGCGUUUCUAUGCUGCUGAAAUCAUCCUCGGUCUGGAGCACAUGCACAACCGCUUCGUCGUCUACAGAGACCUCAAGCCAGCUAAUAUCCUGCUGGAUGAACACGGUCAUGUUCGUAUCUCCGACCUUGGCCUGGCCUGCGACUUCUCCAAGAAGAAACCCCACGCCAGCGUGGGUACUCAUGGUUACAUGGCUCCAGAGGUUCUCCAGAAGGGGACGGCGUACGACAGCAGCGCCGACUGGUUCUCCUUAGGCUGCAUGCUCUUCAAGCUCCUCCGAGGGCACAGUCCUUUCAGACAGCACAAGACCAAAGACAAACAUGAGAUUGACCGCAUGACGCUCACCAUGAAUGUGGAGCUGCCAGACUCUUUCACUGCAGAGCUCAAAGAUCUGCUGGAGGGGCUGCUGCAGAGAGACGUAUCCAAGAGGCUCGGCUGUCAGGGCCGAGGAGCCCCAGAGGUGAAGGAGCAUCAGUUCUUCAAAGGCAUUGACUGGCAGCAGGUGUACCUCCAGAAGUACUCUCCUCCUUUAAUUCCUCCCAGGGGGGAGGUGAACGCUGCAGAUGCUUUCGACAUAGGCUCUUUUGAUGAGGAGGACACCAAGGGCAUCAAGCUGCUAGACAGCGACCAGGAGCUCUACAAGAACUUUCCCCUGGUCAUAUCGGAGCGCUGGCAGCAGGAGGUGGCGGAGACGGUCUACGAGGCCGUCAACUCGGACACGGACAAGAACGAGGCCCGCAAGAGGGCCAAGAACAAGCAGCUGGGCCACGAGGAGGACUACGCCCUGGGAAAGGACUGCAUAAUGCACGGCUACAUGCUGAAGCUGGGGAACCCCUUCCUCACCCAGUGGCAGCGCCGAUACUUCUAUCUCUUCCCCAACCGUGUGGAGUGGAGGGGGGAGGGCGAGUCACGGCAAAACCUGCUGACAAUGGAGCAUAUCAUGACGGUGGAGGAGACGCAGAUUAAAGACAAGAAAUGUAUCCUGCUGCGCAUCAAAGGAGGGAAGCAGUUUGUGCUGCAGUGUGAGAGCGACCCGGAGUUCGUGCAGUGGAAGAAAGAGCUGACCGAAGCGUUAACAGAAGCCCAGAAGCUGCUGCGCCGCGCCCCCAAAGUCAUCGGGAAGGGCCGGGCCGGAGUGGUGGAGCUCUCCAAACCUCCCCUCACACACCGCAAUAGCAAUGGCCUGUGAAUAUACACACACACACACAUAUACAUACACAAACACACACACACACACACACACCUUGAUACACACAAGCACACACACACACUGCAUCCCAUCUCCCCUCCUCAUCGGCCGCAGGACUUGAAACCCUCCCACCUCUCGCCCACGAUGCCUCGCAGUGUGUGUAUGGACCACGGCCACCAGCUUCUUACCAACCACACAAACACACGCUCACACACACUCACACACACAACCACCAAUAAUAAGCGCGAUAUAGUUUUUUUUUUUUUUUUGUCUGCCAUGGGACCUUGCCAGUUCACCGAGAGGAAGAGAGGCCGCCGAGGCGAGGAGAGGAACAUUCGGGAGGACUCAGCAUGUGAAGAACCUCUGCAUGAAUGUGACGAGGACGAACGCCGGUCCUCUCUUGUCCCCGUCUUUCUCUUUCUCUGCACCAUGCCCCCUCCUGCACCCCCACCAGCUCGCUCUGUUUUGAAUCAGGUGAAUCUAAAGGGGCCCUCUCUUCUCGGAUUUCUGUGAACCAGGACCCGCAGCA